CUUUGGCCUUCAUUCUUGUUCUCUCACAGACAUCCACCCGCACCCACGUCAGACAUGUCAGAUCACAAACCAUCAGGCUCCUCCACCCUGAAGCCUGCACACGAACCCGUGAUCGCUCAGAAGUUGAAAGACCGCGCAGAGCAACGGCGGCUGAAAGCCCAGGAGCGGAGGGAAAAGUCAGACAAGCUCAGGGAAAAGGGAAACGAGUCAUUCAGGAUUGGCCACUACGAAUGUGCCGCUGACUUUUACAAGAAGGCGCAGAAAGUUCACGGAGAACGGCGCCAGCCCAUCAUCCUGUCAAACCUCGCGGCGGCGCUUCUCAAGCUGGGAGAGUGGGAGGGAGCACACUUUGCUGCAGAGGGUGCGCUUACUACGGAUGCAACCAACCUCAAGGCACGUUUUAGAAGAGGUGUGGCCCGCAAAGAACUGGAACAAUACGAAGCAGCCAUGAUAGACUUUAAAGUCAUCCUUGACCAGGACCCAAACAAUGCCGAGGUAAAGGCACACUACGAGGCUGCCAAGAAGCUCUUCGACGCCGGGAAGGGCGUGCCUGCAGAGUUUGACGACGACAUGCCCCAAUACGAUCCUACUGGCUCCAUGUUCGAAUCUGAGUCCGAGUCCGGGUCGAGCGAUGCUGAACACGAAGGGAACAGCAUCCCGUGUAGGUUCUACAACCACGACGGCUGCAAGCGAGGCCACGCCUGCGCUUACUCGCACAAGAACGAUGACUUGAGCGUGAGGGAUGGCCUAGGGAAGAAUGUGUGCAUCUACUUCCUCCUAGGAAAAUGCAAGUUCGGCGCCGAGAAGUGCAUCUACAGCCACACCAAAGCGUACCUCCCUGACGGCUGGUGGAAUCACCCAGAGUACCGCGAGGCUUUCGAGAUCGCUCUUCCGAUGAAGCUCGAGCUUAUUGCCGCUAGCUCAGGUUCAGGCCCGUCUUCAGGUAUGCCGAAGAAGGGCAAGAAGAAGGGGAAGAGAGGUGGUAAAAAGAAAGUUAUACCCAGCGUGUACAAUUCCGACGACGAUGACCUCCACGAUGGAGGGGUGCUUGGCUUCUCGGCGAGCGACGUUGAAGAGUUGGCCAUGCAGGGAAUCAAGCCUUGGGAUGAUGAAGCAGCUGACGCUCUUGCGGUGUUAAAUGGUUACUAUUAGACCUUGGGCAGAUACCCUCUCUUCUUGUUGCGAAUACUUGAAUUGUUUGGCCCCAAUCUCCCAUUAGUCGUCUGAAUGCCAUACCUCGUAAAUUUAUACUUUGAAGAGCCACUGUAGGAUGCAAGCCGAAUCGAUCUGACGUUGAACUACUUGAUACAGUAUAUACGAUAUGCUACAAUUUACUUGUAAAU